AUGUUGCGUUCGGCUUUCAAGCUGGUCAAACCAGUCCGGUGCAUGAGGGUGCUGCUUCCAGUGAAGAGCUAUAGCGGCGGCGCUGCUGCUGGUCCGUCCUCGAUUGUCAAUGCUUCAACAACUUAUCCGACAUCGGUACCUGGCUCGGCAAACGGUUUGUCUCAGCAGCAGAGCAUAUCCGCGUUGAAACUAUCUUCCAACGCGUCCAGGGACCUCUAUGCUGUGUUCAAGUUGCACAACUUGCCCUACUUGGUGACGAAAGGGGACAAGGUGUAUCUCCCAUUCAAGUUGAAAAAUGUCCAGGUCGGCGAUGUGCUAGACUUGCUGGAGGUGACGACGUUGGGCACCAGCACCCAUACUUUGACCAUGCCCUCCGGGAUCGACCGGUCUUUAUUUGACAUCAAGGCCAGCGUUGUGGAAAUAACACGAGAGCCGCUUUACCAAGUAACCAGGACAAAGCAGAGGUGCAGGCGGAUAAAGACGUUCAAUGUUGAGCCGUUCCAGACGGUGUUGGUUAUAAGUGAGUUGAAAUUGAGGUGA